GUUACUCGAAUCAUUGAGCGUGCGUCUGAGAGCAAUGGUUUGUAAAGUUGGAUGGAAAUAUGAACACACCUCAUAACCAAAUGUUUUCCUCAAAAAUACUAGUCUGUUUGCAUAGACAGAGAUCAAAUCCGCAUACAUACCCUUUUGGAACGUACGUUUGUGUUUAAUUAUAGGUGGCAAGGUAAGAGAAUCGAGUUGAAUUUGGCGCGGAGCGCGUGGGAGGCACUGGCAAACACAGUAUCAGAUCUGAGCGGAGAUGAUAAGGAGCGUGCAUGCGCUCGACAGUUUGCCAUGAUGUCUCGAGUUCAGUCGAUGGAGUCGCAGAGGAAUCUCGAUCCAGAAUAGAUCUCAUCCCCGUUACCGACGUUUUGACGACUGAAUACGGCGUGUUGCUGUUGUUUUCUCCAAAAGGAUGCGAUAUUGACGGAAUCCCCCUCGGUGGCGGCACGCGUACCUGUUCCACAAAGCUCCACUGCGGAAAGCGCUCGAGACUUAGAAAAUAAAAAAUAACAGAAAUAUUAAGGUGAAAAAUCCAUGUGGUUUUUGUAUUUCAACUGAAUCCCUGAACGUUUUUUUUUCCUGGUUAAUCUCUGUAAGGAAUGGACACGGUAAACACAAGGACACUGGUGGAAUUACGCCGUUAAGAGCGCUGAACUUGACGGAUUUGUUUAUAAAGAAAGAUCAAGGUUAUGCGAUGAAGACUGAGGACACGGUUUAAUUUCCUGACUGGUACUUUGGAAAUGUAUAAUGAGGAUAUUAGAACAUUGAAUACUUAAGCUCCUGUCAAGGUGGUUCGCCGAAGGUCUGAAAAAUGCGCCGACAAACGCGCCUUCUCUGUGAGGAAAUCUUCGUGGAUAACAUUCACAAGACAUCGGUCAGUUUCACAGAUGGCACAUUUCAAUCACGGAGAGGCUUCUUCACUGACACCUCGUGACACGCAAGUAAAACUCAGAAAUCCACCCACUACCUCCCCAUUCGCCUGUGAAGAGAAUUGAUCUCAGCGGUGAUAUUCUGCAAACAGAGGAGCCAAUCUGCACUUUAUGUUUUGGUUCUGAAUUAUGAAAUAUGGGCUGUGACAGACCAUCAGAACUGUGAACACAAGAAAGUCAGGUGGAAUUGCAAUGAUAUGGGGAUUCGCAUCCUAUUCACUUUCAAAUUCCCCUCCACUGAAUCAUUGCGUGCAACCUGGAAAGUAAUAGGGGCUGAAGCCAGGAAUGAUGGGAGCUGUAGUCUGGUUGAUGGUCUUAUGGGGUUUGCUGGGUUGGUCGGAGGCUGCAGAGAAGCCUCCUUCCCUGAGUGUAGCUGUGAUAUUGGGCCAGACCCCCACCGUAUCUGAAUCAGCCCUGCGUCCGGCUCGUGGGAUAGGUGCGCCUCUGGAUGUGACAGUUCUCAGUAUCCAGGUGAACCAGACGGACCCAGGAAGCAUGCUUACACACCUGUGUGAGCUCAUGUCCCGACAGAGACUGCACGGGCUGGUCUAUGGAGAUGGCACGGACCAGGAAGCUGUGGCACAGAUGCUGGACUUUGUUUCCUCUCAGACUUCCAUGCCCAUUCUUGGAAUCCAUGGUGGCUCUGCUAUGACAAUGGCUGAAAAGGAUGUCAGUUCUUCGUUUUUCCAGUUUGGGGCCUCCCUCCAGCAGGAGGCGUUGUUGAUGCUUUCUAUAAUGGAGGAGUAUGACUGGCACAUCUUCUCGGUGGUCACCACCAAGUUCCCAGGUUUCCAGGAGUUCAUAGCCACCAUUCGUGCCACGGUGGACCAAAGCUUCAUUCGUUGGGACCUUCAGAGCGUAGUGACGCUGGACGGUGUUGGCGAACCUGAGGACCGUGCCCACGUGCAGCUUAAACGCAUCCAGUCACCCGUCAUCCUCCUCUACUGCUCCAAAAACGAAGCAGCGCUGGUUAUGGAGGAAGCUCGUUCACUAGGGCUCACUGGGGCUGGCUUUGUGUGGAUUGUUCCUAGUCUGCCGACAGGAAAUCUUGAACGAACCCCAGAAGCCUUUCCGAUGGGGAUGAUAUCGGUGGCAUAUGAUGAAUGGGAUUAUCCCCUGGAGACGCGUGUGCAGGACGCUGUAGGAAUUAUCAGUUCUGCAGCCGCUGCCAUGUUCAGAGAGGAAGGUCGGAUACCUGACGGAACGGCAAGCUGCUACGGCCAGUCAGAGAAGCUGGAGGUGCCGCCAAGUGCUCUGCGAAGAUAUAUGAUGGGAGUCAAUCUAGGGGGUAGAGAUCAUUCGUUCAUGGAUGAUGGCUACCAAGUCAAUCCCAAACUGGUUGUCAUUGUUCUGAACACAAAGAGGGAAUGGGAGAAGAUGGGGCGAUGGGAAAACCACACCUUGAAGUUGAAGUUUCCAGUUUGGCCACGUUAUAACUCAUUCGGGGACAUAGACGCUGAUGAGAACCACUUGAGCAUUGUGACUCUAGAGGAAAGACCCUUUGUAAUAGUGGAUGAUGUGGACAUUCUUACUGGCACAUGCAUGCGGAACUCUGUACCUUGCAGGAAACACAUUAAAAAUAAUACCACGGAGGGUUCCUAUAUCAAGCAGUGCUGCAAGGGCUUUUGCAUAGACAUCCUAAAGAAGAUUGCCAGAAAUGUAAAGUUCACCUAUGAUCUUUACCUGGUCACAAAUGGCAAACAUGGCAAGAAGAUCAAUAACAUGUGGAACGGCAUGGUGGGGGAGGUAGUCUAUAAAAAGGCUGUAAUGGCUGUGGGCUCAUUGACCAUAAAUGAAGAGCGGUCAGAGGCCAUAGACUUUUCUGUCCCAUUUGUCGAGACAGGCAUCAGCGUAAUGGUGUCACGGAGCAAUGGAACGGUGUCGCCCUCUGCGUUUCUAGAACCCUUCAGUGCUUCAGUGUGGGUUAUGAUGUUUGUCAUGUUACUCAUCGUCACAGCAAUCGCUGUUUUCCUCUUUGAAUUCAUCAGUCCACUCGGUUUCAAUAGAAACCUUGCACAGGGCAAAGACCCUCAUGGACCCUCCUUCACCAUUGGUAAGGCUGUCUGGCUGCUGUGGGGUCUGGUGUUCAACAAUUCCGUUCCGGUACAGAACCCCAGGGGCACUACCAGUAAAUUUAUUGUGUCCGUAUGGGCCUUUUUCGCUGUGAUAUUCCUGGCCAGCUACACUGCCAACUUGGCUGCCUUUAUGAUCCAAGAGGAGUUUGUGGAUCAAGUCACAGGCCUCAGUGACAGAAAGUUUCAGAGUCCCUAUUCUUAUUCACCACCGUUUCGCUUCGGGACCGUGCCUAAUGGGAGCACAGAGCGAAACAUCAGGAAAAACUACCCAGAUAUGCACCAAUACAUGGUGAAAUACCAUCAGACUGGAGUUCAGGAUGCACUUGUCAGCCUCAAGACAGGUAAACUGGAUGCUUUCAUAUAUGAUGCUGCUGUGCUCAACUAUAUGGCGGGGCGUGAUGAUGGCUGUAAGCUAGUAACUAUUGGCAGUGGCUACGUCUUUGCCACAACAGGAUAUGGCAUUGCCCUGCAGAAAGGAUCCUACUGGAAACGUCUGGUUGACCUUGCUAUCCUUGGGAUCAUUGGAGAUGGUGAGAUGGAAGAGCUGGAGGCCCAGUGGCUGACUGGUAUCUGUCAUAAUGAGAAGAAUGAAGUGAUGAGCAGUCAGCUGGAUGUGGAUAAUAUGGCUGGUGUGUUCUAUAUGCUUGCGGCUGCCAUGACUCUGUCGCUAAUUACUUUUGUCUGGGAGCACCUCUUCUACUGGAGGCUACGUUACUGUUUCACUGGUCUCUGUUCUGGUCGGCCAGGAAUGCUCUUCACUAUCAGCAGGGGGAUUUGGAGCUGUAUUCACGGUGUCCAUAUUGAGAUGAAGAAAGCCCCAGAGUUGGGCUUCAGUCCUCAGGCCAACAUGUUACACCUUCUGAAAACAGCUAAAGAGAUCACCACCCUUGGAGUUACCUCUCCCAAACGUCCCGUGAGUAGCAUUCUGCGUCCUACCACGGGCUUGAUGGAACUUAUGGAUGGAGCAAAAGGCAACAACCUUGCCCAGAAAAACACACCGUACAGCAAUACCAGCACAAUGCUCAGCAACCGUCACAAAGAGCCACUUAACAACACUCUGUUGCCAGGGCAACGUGCCCUAAGCUUGACGGAUGCUCAGCCAGGUGUUGCUGGAAAUGGUGGCUCAGUAGGUGGAGGUGAGACCACUCGACCACCAGCCUCCAAGCCACGUGCUCUCUGGAAGAAGUCUGUGGAAACUCUACAGAAGAACCAAGGACCUGGGGAUAAUUCCCCACCAUCUGUCCAGCAGCCUACCGAGACCCUACCUAUGAAGAGCCAGCGCUACCUGCCUGAAGAUGCACCUGCCCGCUCAGAUAUAUCAGAUUGUUCCAGUCGGGUGGAGUUGCAAAAGCAGCACAAGUUAAAAGAAACACUUCGGAAACGGAACCGCCUACCGCGGGAUCUGAGCGAUGUGGAGAUUUCAACUCUCCGGAGCCAGCCCAGUCAGCAAAGUAACCACAGUGCUCAGAUCUACUCUCAGAGCAGCCAGGGAAGUCAGAUUUAUACCAUUGAUUCCAUUGAUCAGGAUUAUGGGCUGCACUACCCAGAUAUUUUCAAUGAUCACAAUGACAAUAAGCACCGGCCAUCCUCUUCCUCCGAGCAGCAGCCAAUCCUGCAGCUCAACAGCAGUCUGCUGUCCCAGGCCCAUGAACCAGAAGUGAUGCAAACCACCAUUGCAAAGGAUAAGAAAUACAACACAUGCGGAAAGCCCGGCGGGGCAGGGAGCAUCACCGGUGGGUCAGGUUCUACUCAGGAUCCACGACAGACACACUGCCGUAGCUGCCUGUCGAAAUUGUCCAGUUACUCUGGGCUUUACACUGUACGGUCUCCUCAGUAUCGCUGUGAUGCCUGCCUGCACUCUGGAAACCUGUAUGACAUAAGCGAAGAUCAAUUCCUUCAUCCAAAUGGACGGGGCACUGGAGGCGGAAGUGUUGACAGGGCCUUCUCUCCUUUUCUCCCUCAGCCUGAUGCUUCCUUCACAGCCUAUCUUCCCCAGAGUGACCAAGAAGGCGAUGGUCUUAUUAGUCACUACCAGAAUGAGGGUGUAAUCAUCCGUCAGCACUCAUAUGAGAAUCUGCCCCAGAAGAGUUCGUCACGGCGGGUCAGUCUGCAGGACAACACACCAUACGCCAAUGUUCCCUCGGCGACUCUGAUCCCGGACAAGCCCCCCAAAAAUCAGUCUGUCCACCUAAACAACACGCUUGCGGGGGUGGGUGUCAGCGGACUCGGAAUUGGUCGUCGCAGCAAGUCAAUGUAUCCGGCACGUCCAACGGACAACCCAUUUCUCCAGACGCUUCGUGACGACCAGCGUCUAGCUCACGGGCGCAGCUCCACAGACAUUUAUAAGCAGCUUGUGCCACUCACAUUAGGGCAGGCUGAUGGCAAUGUGCUCGGAGUGAGGAUGCCGACCCCUGAACUCUAUUAUACCGAGCAUGUCAUGCCUUAUGUAGCCCCUCCCCCUGUCGCCACAUACGCCGCUCCCAGGGCAUUGAGCGCUGGGGGAGCUCGGCGUGUCUACAAGAGGAUGCCAAGCAUUGAAUCUGAUGUCUGAUAGAGAUCGGAGGUCUGAUAGAGAGAUCAAGAAGACUAUAAAAAGACAUGCAUGGAUAUUUCCACCAGGAUAUGGCUUAAUCGUGGAACUCUUGGAUGGAUUGUAAAGCUUUUUAAAUAUAAGGCAAGCAAGUCUGGAAUAUAUUUUGUUUCCCUUCUUGGACUUAUCUGUCUGAACAGAAAUCAGAGUUCAACUUUACAUCAGGUCCCCCCCUCUAGUCGAGCGGCAGCUCUGUGUCUUCCAGAAAACAUAAAAAAUAGUGGGCAGGACGCUCUUGCGCCUUUGAACGAAGGAAGUACAGGGGCAGCUCCAAAGAGUUUCCUUUUUAACACAACACAAGCAACCAAAAAAUUGAAUAUAUGUAAACAUACGUGAAGAACCACAUUCUGCACUUUUACACACAAAAAUACACAUGCACAUGCAAGAGGCACAAACAAAACAUGAUCUCAAACUACUGAAAGGACGACGUUAGGUAUGACUUGACCAAAAAAAAGGAAAACCAUAUACAAUGUAAUAGCAUAAAUGACAGGCUAUGAAUCUCAUGCUCUGAAAUAAAUAAUUGUUUAGCAGAUCCAAACCUGAUUUGAGUUUUUGGAAAGGCAGCAGAACAUCUGUUACACUGUUUAAACGGCUUAUAAAUGCAUGUAUGAAUGCAUUUUCGAUGUAAAAGCUGCAAUGAGGCAUGGUCCUCAAAGACUGUUCAGAGUUCAAAGAUAAGAUUUCCAUUCCAGUCUGAACUGUGACAAAAUGCACUACCUGUAUGAUUAGUCUCGGGUGGAAUCUCUGAAAUCAAGUAUGUUGGGGAAUUUCAGAGAAGGUGAACUCGAUGCUCACAAGACCCACGACUCAUUCAUGUCUCUGACGACACCAAGUGGAAAAAGUCUUUGACCCUCCCACCCUUGAAUGUGUCAAAUGCAGGAAGACACUCCUCUGCUAACAGCACAACAGUGUAGUAAGUGUCAGUGUUCAUUCAUUAUUAAUCUAAAUUCUUGAGCAUAUUUCUAUAGUUGUCUAGAAUAUUGAAAAAAGUGAUAGUCAAUUUAUACACAGUUUUAUACACUACCAAAUAUUUGGAAAAGGUGUGCAAAUAUGUUUAUUGUGUUAUAGAAAAGAAGACAGCAGGAAAAGAAAUGAAGGGAAGUGAUAGAAAAAUAGGUAUACUGUAUUUUUCGUGGUCAUAAGGGACUCAGAGAAGGCAGAGAAAAUGUAAAAGCCCACAACAACUAAUGAUGUCGAUACAGAACCACCGAAAUACAAAAUAUUCCUGAUUGCCUCGAACACACAAACACAUCACUUCCUGUAGAAUCCAACCACACACUCAUACUUCACAAAAGUGUUUGGUUGUUUUGAAUAUAAUGGUCGUUCCAGCGAUAUGCACAAUAUCAGGUUGCAAUAUUAUAUUUAUGUAUGAAAUUUCCUAGUUUUAAUAUGUUUAAUUAUUAGUUCCUUUCAUUUUAUGAAUUGUUAUACAUGUGGAAUUAAUUUAUUAAUGUGAUUUAAUUGCGUAUAUAUUUAAAAGAUAACAGCAUGUUAAUCUUCUCUAUGGUCAAACAUUUAGAAUUGUUCUUUUUGAUUUUGAUGUGAAUGGGAGUAUAUGUUUACAGUGAAGGUGAAAAUAUGGAUUCAUCUCAGAUGUGAUUUUGAUUCUCAUUUGAAUACAAACAUAAAACUGUUGUAUGACCAAAUGUUAACUGGAUCACCGUUCUUUACUGUGAUUUCAGUGCUGUGUCUGAAACGAAGUGACAUUAACAUUUCAGGGUAUAUACCAGGUUUUAGGCUCACCACACGAACAUGGUUUGACAAUAAUAAAGAAUAUAUUGUGAAGAGAAGCAUUUUUCAUAAGGUCAGUCUGACAUAUGCUACACGUCUGCCUCUAACCAUUUCCAUUCUGCAUCUGGAUAGGCGUUCUUGUGUUUACACUCUCAAGAAUAUUCAAAUCAGCUGUUUGUUUUUAACCUCAUUAAUGUCUACGGAAUACUAGCAUAUUCAUAUUUCAUAUAAGCCUCUAUGGAAAAGUCCACGUCUAUGUGCAUAAACAUCUCACUUGAAUGUAGACAACAACAUCCAGACAACGUAGGAUUUUAAUGUCAAGAGUAGAUGGGUUGUGAUUAUGUUGUAGUGGUUUACACAACCAGUAUGCAUUUGUAUUUACAGGUAGAUUUUGAAUAAAUCUAUUUGCACAUUGAUAUGUUUUACAUCAUUCAGAUCCCGUCCAUUAUGCAAAUUUAGACCAAUUUACACUUGCUUGAUCCACUGCUAGAAUUCAUUAUAUUAAAAUAGUGUAAUAAAAUACUGUAAUAAUGCAUCAUUUGACAUUGACAUCAAUGGCAUUUACUCACUUGUUUUGUUCUGAGGAGUUGAGAAGCAUCUCAUCCCACUCAGAAGCAGUUCAGAGUCGUGGCGUAAGGGACACAAUGUCUCUGUUCCCUCCAUCAGGAAAUGAGGGUUACGAUAUGUAACCGAACAAUCACUUUCAGUCGGUCACUUCAACGUUGCGUCAAAGUUCAGAUUCUAGGGGUCCCUAUACCAAACGUCACAGCUGCUAAACUGACAUAUGGACUCUCUGUCUAUGAGAAACACUGAAUCCAAUUCGGAAAAAAGCAGGGGGAGUCAAAGGGAGUCACAACAUAUGGAGCACUAAUCCAUUAUGAUUCACUCGAGGGAUACUUGCUCGUAAUGGAUUCUUACAGCAAGUUCUUCCACUAGACUAUGUUAUGUAAGGGAGUGCUUGAGUGAUGGAUGGGUAGUCUAGGGUUCAUAAGAAGGAACUGAACUGGACUCAGUAAGCCCACAUUAUCAGCUCAGAGAGGAGAAGGUGCGAAAUGCAAGCUCUACACCCUACCAGCCACCUGAGUUCAAGAGGUAGUGCUCAAACCUCUGGGUGAAACUGGUUCCAUUCGCAUAACGUAGAAUCUGGCAAUUGUAUUAGAUGAAGCACGACCCACAGCUCUAGAAACAUCCGCUAAUGAGGCACCAUUUGCUAAAGCUGAUGAAGCAGAAAUGUCCCUGUUGAGUGUGCUCUUACUUCAAGCGGCCAUGGUAAGCCUCUGGCCUGAUAGGCAGUAAGGAUCGCAUCCACAAUACAGUGGGAGAUCCUUUGUUUGGAGACAGUAUUCCCCUUCUGCUGACCUUCAAAGCAGACAGAGCUGUUGUCUGAAACUCUGUGUGUAUUCCAAAUACUGUAGAUGUGUAGGGCUUGCACCGGGCAAAACAGAGACAGGUCAGGGUCCCCCUACUAUGGUGGAAUAGCUUGCAAUGUUACCACCUGAUCUCUAAAAGGAGUGGUGGGAAUUUGGGCACAUAUCCAGGCCAGGGUCUCAGAAAAUUUUUUAGAUUCUGCUGGUCUGAAUUGUAGGCAUGAUUCUUUAAUGGAGAGGGCUUGGAGAUCCCCCACCCUGUGUCUUUAUAGAGAGGCCAACUGACUGACAGGGCUCCACAGAUCUCUCUUUAAGACCUGAAGGACAACUGAGAUAUUCCAAGAGGGGAUGAGGCACUGCCUUGGAGGAUUCAACCCUCAGGGCACCUCCUAGGAACCUGAUAACCAGAUUGUGGUUAUGUUGUGGAAUAGUGGCCAUGUAUAUCUUGAGUGUAGACAGAGACAGGUGCCUCUCCAGUCACUCUUGGAGGAAAGAUAGCACAGAUUCGUUGCCACAUCUCCGAGGAUCCUUCCCAUGGGAAAAACUCCAAUUCACAAAAAUGCACAAUUUCAGGCAUAUAGCUGCCUCAUAGAGGGGGCCUUAGCUUACAUGAUAGUAUUCACCACUGUGGAUGAAAGACCUCUGAUUUCCUCCUGGAAGUGUUUAAUGGAUUGCAUUUGUUUUUAACCAUGGAGAAUUGCAGCGCAGAUUCUUCAAAGGUUUUGCCAAAAAAAAUGGGGCCGGCGAGAAAGUGCACUUUCUCAGCAUCCUACAAUCUCCAGACAUAGCCACAGGUGGUGCUCCUGGACCACUAAUGUGGACAUUGCCCUCCCCACAUCCUGCAUUGUGACCUUCAUUACCCAGACGGCAUAGUCAGUUGCUGAAUGCAGUUCCUGUAUGCUCCGUGUUGGGAUCACCCUUGUGCAGACCCUGGCCUAAAUACCUGCAGUACAGCCAUGGUGUGCAGAGCAGACACAGCUUGUCCAGAAGCAUUAUAAGCUUUCGCCAUAAAGGAAGAAACUAACAUGUCCUAUAUGGGAGUCUUGGACCACCAGGGGAACCUCCAUAUAUUCCCUCACUGGACCGCUGUCAAGGGUGGUGAGAAUGGUGGAAAUGUGAAUCGUGUUAUGACAGAAAGGUGCGUUCAAUGAUUUUAUCAGCUCCUCAUGGACUUCUGGGAAGAAAGGGAACAGCUCAGGUGAGUUUCUGAUGCUCCCUGUUGCCCAGGUAAGCACGGCUGCCAUCUCAGUGUCAAUUCUGCGAUAGACAACUUAUCCUCAUCACGAGCCCAGAAUGAGAGGUCCGACCCACAUGAAGGCUUGUACUCAAACUCACCUAGAAACACUUACUGGAGAACAUUUGUGGUUAGAGCAAUGAGAGGUCCAUGGGUUUUCUUCCGGCAGAACUGCUUGCUAAUUACAUAACCAGUUGUCAAAUAACAACUGAAAGUCUUCUAGUAAACACAUGAAAUCUUGUGUUGUGCAUAUCAAAGCAAAAAAAAAACAAAAAACACAAUGUUAUGCUAUUCUAAAAUGGUUGCCAGGGUGUUGCUAUGCAGUUUCAAAGGUGUUCUGGUUAAUGGUAAGUUCAUUGCUGUGUGGUUGCUUGGGUGUUCAGAUUAGUUAAUUGCUGACCAAAGUCUCUAUAUUAUUCUUGUUCGUAAAUAUAACUCAGGUCCCUGAUUGAAUAAAAGUCAAAGGGAUGCUUUUACCAAAUUUAACUUCUAGCAGAUGAAAAGUCUGACCAGUUUGAAAGAAAAAAAAAUCCAGCUCUUCUUAACAAGCAGUCAAACUGUCUGUGGUAUAUAAUUCAUGCCCAUAGUGCAAUUGUAGGGAACCUCUGACAGUGAUUCUGUAUAACAAAGACUAAUGUAUAGGUAGUAUCGGUAAGGUAUAUAAUUUAAAUUUAAAGCUGACAACCUGCAGCAUUUUUUUUUUCUUUUCUGUAUCAACACUGUUUGCCUCUGUUGUAAGACUGGUCAUGUUGCUACAGAGAAACAUAUGAAGUAUCCCAUUUAAAAAAAAAAUGAAACAUAAUGAUGUUGAUAACAGCUACAUGACGGGCUUCUGGCAGAUCUUUCAAAACAACUUUGCAUUGGUUUUCUUUUUCCCCCUGUAAUUUACAGUUGCCAAAAGACCCUGACAAACCUGGCA